UCUAAACAGUAACUUAACCUACCUCCAAUUUGCUCCCCGCAUCCAUCGGACUUCUCUCCGUAAUCCGCGGUGUCAGUGUUAAACUCUACAAACUUGCUUUCCUCACCUCCUGCUCGCAUACAUCACAUUAGAAUUAUUCCCUGGUUUUUCCCCGUCCCGUCUCCUUCGAAUUCUUUUCUAUCACUACUGCGCCAAUGGUUUUCUCCCCUUCUGUCACAUCUUGGCGUGCCCUUAUUCCAGUCUCAUGUGGCGCAAUACGAUACAAUCAAUAAUGCCACACAAAUCAUACCAAACGAAUAGACAGACAGGCAGACGGGAAGUUCCUGAGUCUGCUUCGUCUAGUUUACUUUACAGUACUUCUGCAUUGCUUUGAACGUAGCUACGGACAGGUUCCGAGCUAUUUGGCUAAGCUUGGCAUUAAUUUUUCGGCACUUGUUUAGCGACGGGGUGCGCUUGUUUAGUUUAGUCUGGGGGCUUGGAGAUUGGAGAUCAAGGGCAAGGGGACUUCCAGAACCAGGCGAGCCAGGUCAGGGAGAGUCCCUUGCUUCGGUAUGGUACUCCAUGUCGAUCAACAGCACAGCACAGCAAAGCCAUGCUACUGUAGGAAACCCAAAGCAAAGCAAACCCAAGCAAAUUACUACAAUUUCCAGUACGCAGGAAGGCCCUGGGUUCCAGACAGCUCUGGGGACUGGGAUACAUAUCAAGGUUUUCGGUAACUCACGAGGAAUCUGGACCUCUACAAUAGAGUUUCUGGUAACUCACUUGAAAUUUGGCAAAUUUUGGUCUGGCCUACUACUGUUCUGGAGGCAAUUCAAAAAAGGAAUACCAGAAUCCCAAUACUCUCUCUAUUCCCACCUAUAUACGUACCUGCAUAGGUAGUUCAGCGAGCAAUGUGUCAUUGUGUGU